AUGGCUUCGCAACCACAACGGCCCAAGGUACAGCCUUGUCGAUACAAAACUGGAAAGACGCUAGGAGCUGGCUCCUAUUCCGUCGUGAAGGAAUGUGUGCAUGUCGAUACGGGUCGGUAUUAUGCGGCCAAGGUUAUCAAUAAACGGUUGAUGUCUGGUCGGGAACACAUGGUUCGAAAUGAAAUUGCAGUGCUGAAGAGGGUUUCUAUGGGUCAUCAGAACAUUUUGACUUUGGUUGAUUAUUUUGAGACCAUGAAUAAUUUAUACCUUGUCACCGAUCUUGCUCUCGGAGGAGAGCUGUUCGACCGCAUCUGCCGUAAAGGCAGCUACUACGAGUCCGAUGCUGCAGACCUCAUCCGCGCGGUCCUCUCUGCUGUGGCUUAUCUGCACGACCAUGGUAUCGUGCAUCGUGACCUGAAGCCAGAAAACCUACUGUUCCGCACCCCAGAAGACGAUGCAGACCUGUUAAUCGCAGACUUUGGUCUGUCGAGGAUCAUGGAUGAAGAGCAAUUCCAUGUCCUCACAACAACAUGCGGCACGCCGGGAUACAUGGCUCCCGAGAUUUUCAAAAAGAGCGGCCAUGGAAAGCCAGUUGAUAUCUGGGCCAUCGGUGUGAUAACCUAUUUCCUCCUGUGUGGCUAUACCCCCUUCGACCGCGACUCCAACCUGGAAGAGAUGCAGGCCAUCCUUGCAGCCGACUACUCCUUUUCCCCCGCCGAAUACUGGCACGGCGUUUCCCAAGCAGCCCGCGACUUCAUCCGACACUGCCUAACCAUCGACCCCAAUGGCCGAAUGACCGCCCACGAAGCCCUCCAACACCCCUGGAUCGACCCACCCCACAACACAGACGCGACUUACGUUGGCUCCGGUCAAGACCUCCUCCCGACAGUCAAGAAGAACUUCAACGCACGACGGACACUUCAUAGAGCUAUUGAUACCGUCCGGGCUAUUAAUAAGUUGCGUGAAGGUGGUGGGCUUAUGGUUGAUAAUGUGAUGGGUGUUGAUCCGAAGCCGGAGCGGGUUAAUGGUAAUGAGAUUGUGGAGGAGCAGCCGCCACAGCCGCCGCCGCAAACUGUGAAUAAACAUAUGGAUAGCCGUGGAAAUGCACGAGGUCAAACGGAGGAACAGAUUAAAGAGCAGGAGCGAAGGGUGAAGGAGAUGGUGACUGGGUUGUGGAAGGGUUCUGCUAGGAGAUGA